UCGAAGAGAUAAUUGAAUGAAACUGAUGAACGAAGGCGAUUGGAGGGAUGACGAUGUCAGUCGACCAUUCGUUGAUCGGGCAAAGGAAAAGAACUGAUCGAAGGCAAGACAAAACGAACGCCUCCGGUGGUCCAUUUGGCAAGCAAAGAAGAAGAAAUACGGGAACGAAAUCAGAAGAAGGAAACACGCAGGCGACGACUCUGCAUCUGGGUCCUUGCUCGUCGGAGGUCACAAAGAAGACCGAAGGAAAAAGAAGCUCGCAGGCGGCUAAUGCGAAUAUUUUUGUCGAUUGAUCGCGAAAGGAACGUCUCCGGGGGUUGACGGGGCCGAAGAGACGGAGGGAAGAGUAGCGAGGCUGCGCUAUUUCUGUCAGAUAGCGAGAGGCAAAAGGGAAAGCGGUUCAGUGGUUUUUGGAUCAAGGGUGUGGUGUGGCUAAGAGGUUGUGAAGGGAGGGAAAAGGAGAACAGAUGCAGCGGUGCUUCUGGUGGUCUCGGUGGGUGCAGCGAGGGCUGCUCAAACGGUUUCCUUCGUUUUCUGUUCUUCUUCUUAUUUCUUUUGUUUGUUUUGACAGAAAUCGAUGGAACCCAAGUGGGUGUUUGGGUUUGAUUAUUGAUUGAAAAAAAACGAGGGAGGCUGCCACGAGGAAGAAGAAGGAAGAGAAGAACGAAGGAAGAAUGAACUGGAAGCUGUGGUUCUUUUUGUUUGCAGGUAAACACGAGAAUAAGAACAAGAAUGUUCUUGACUGGAAACAAAGAAGCAGGCAGAAAAUAAAGGUUUGCAGUUGAAGAUUUAAAUUGUUAUUGGUCAUGGGCGAAGGAUAUAUAGGGCCGGGGGGGUUGUGGUUCCCCCUGCUGCUAUGUUGCACGCUGAAUGCUGUCGCUGCAACCCUGCGCCUCUGCUGGAGUCGAUUACUUAAUCAGAUACAAUCACACAAAGCUUACAAUUUUAUGGGAAAGAUGAAAACUAUUGAUUCUUUUUUCAAAAGAAAGAAUGAUGAUGAAGAAACUCAUAAUGAAAAUCAAUAGAAUAAACGUCACAAAGCUUCAACAAGUGAACCGCAACCACAAGUACAUGAAAAUCAACAAGAGAAUGAUAUUUUUGAAGCUACACAAUCAAAUCCUAAUGAAGUGGAUCUUAAAAAUCUACAAAAAGAUCCCGCUAAACGAAAACAAAUGUGAGAAUUUCCAAUUAAUUUAAGGGAACAAGUAAGACGAGCUUAUAUGACUUUAGGACCUUUCCAAAUACGUCUUCAAGAUGAUCAUGCUAAAGGUUCAAAGAAACAUCCUCGUAGAUUCCAAUAUUCUUGGUUCAACAUUUUCUCUAAUUGGUUAGAGUAUUCUCCAACAACACAUGCUUCUUAUUGUUUUAUUUGUUAUAUAUUUAAUGAUAAACCAAAUGUGUGCAAUGGUUACGAUGCAUUUACUGUUAAAGGAUUUGAAAAUUGGAAAAAAGUUAAUGAUGGAAAAAAGCGUGCAUUCUUGAAGCAUUUAGGUUGUUCACAACAUAGAAAUGCUAUUACAUUUGCUGAAAUUAAACUUGAUGAAUCAAGCAACACACAUUGAAAAUAUCUUAGUGAAGCAAAAUGAAGCACAAAUACUGAAGCACCGUUUAUGAUUAAAAGCGUCAAUUGACACAGUUCGUUGGUUGACAUUCCAAGCUUGUGCUUUACGAGGACAUGAUGAAACGCUUAAUUCCAAAAAUCGAGGUAAUUUUCUUCAACUACUAAAACUUCUAGCAUCUUAUAAUGAUGAAGUUGCAAAUGUUAUAUUAGAGAAAGCUCCUUAUAAUUCAAAGUAUACUUCUGGAGAUAUUCAAAAAGAAAUUCUUAGUAUUAUUGCAAAUAAAGUUCGGAAGCAUAUUCGUAGUGAAGUCGGGGAUUCAUACUUUGUGUCAUGGUUGAUGAGUCACGAGAUGAGUCUAAAAAAGAGCAAGUGGCCAUAGUUUUGAGAUUUGUUGAUGCAGAAGGGAUCAUACGGGAAAGGUUCUUGGAUUUGGUUCAUGUUAGGGACACCCUAUCAUUAACCUUGAAAACAAAUAUGUGGACCCAACUUUUGCACUAUCAGUUUGAUGUUAGUAAAAUCUAUGGCCAAGGUUAUGAUGGUGCUAGUAAUAUGAGAGGGGAAUGGAAUGGAUUGCAAGCACUUGUUCUUAAGGAUUGUCCUUAUGCGUAUUAUGUUCACUGCUUCGCUCACAUAUUACAACUAGCAUUGGUGGCUGCUUCAAGGGAAAUUAUUCCUAUACAUCAAUUUUUUACAAUAAAUGUAGUUUGUGCUUCCAGUAAACGUCAUGAUGAGUUACAAAAGGCAAAGGCAACUGAGAUUGAACUUUUAUUGGAACUUGGUGAAAUCGAAUAAGGUAAAGUUCUGAAUAAAGUUGGGACAUUAAGAAGAGCUGGUGAUACACGUUGGGGUUCUCAUUUUCGUUCCAUUUGCAGUUUGCUUAACAUGUUUGAUUGUACUCGUGUUGUUCUCCAGGGAAUAAUUGAUGAUGUAUCUACUACUUAUUCUCAACGCGGAGAUGCUGAUGCAGCUUACUGUUUCCUGAAAUCAUUUGAGUUUGUUUUUAUUCUUCACUUGAUAAAAUAAGUAAUGGGAAAAACUGAUAUACUUUCUUAAGCUCUACAAAAAAAAAUCCCAAGAUAUUCUUAAUGCCAUGGAGUUAGUUUCAGCAACAAAGGAGAGUCUAAAUGAUUUCAAAAACAACGGAUGGGAUUCUUUAUUUGCACAGGUAAAGUUAUUUUGUGAGAAACAUCAAGUAGAUAUGCCGGAUAUGAAAGCUCUAUAUAUUUCUACUCGAUACCAGCCUCGAAAAGGCGAUAAUCAUCUUACUUUUGAACAUUUUUAUCAAGUAGAUUUGUUUACAUCCACAUUGGACAAACAGUUACAUGAGUUGAAUAGUAAAUUCAAUGAUCAAACGAUGAAGUUGUUAAGUCUUAGUUCUACUUUAGUUUCAAAAGUACACCCUAAUGUGAUUAACAUUGAUCAGAUUUGUCUUCUUGUUGAAAAGUAUUAUCCUAAAGAUUUUACGGAGCAAAAGAGAAUUCAAUUACGAUAUCAAUUGGAGAUUUUUAAUAUCGAUAUGAAAAAGAAUCCCAAGCUAAGUGGUGUAUCAACUAUUGCUGACCUAUGCAAGGGUCUUGUAGAAACUCAGAAACGUUUGGCAUAUUAUUUGUUUGAUAGAGUGGUUCGGUUAAUCUUGACAUUUUCAGUUUCAGCAAUGAAAAUAUUCAAAAACCGCAUUCGCAAUAAGAUGUCAGAUGACUUUCUUGCAAACAACUUGGUGGUUUACAUAGAAAGAGAAAUUGCUGAAAACAUUGAUACAAAGUCAGUUAUUUGUGAAUUUAAAGACCUUAACACCCUGCUCCCAAGUUCAACUUAAAGAGAGAAAAGAAAGGAAAUGGGAGGAAAUGAGAGGAAAGCAAGAGAGAAUGGUGCUCCAGAGUUUAAUUAAAGGAAGGAAGUGGAAGGAAAUGGAAGGAAAACUUUCCCUCAUACCUUUCCUCCCGAUUUGGGAGGAUUUGAAAAGAAAGAACAAAAUGUUUAACUUUCCUUCCAUUUCUCUCCAACUCGGGAGCACAAAUGACAAUUUCUUUUUCCUUUCUUUUCUCUUCUUUUCUCUCCUUACUUUCUUUUCUCUUCUCUUCUUUUCUUUGCUAUAACUCGAGAGCGGUGUGUAAAGGUCGUCGAGCUGAGUUGUAAUUCUUCUUUUAGGUAUUUUUGGUGUUUAGUUGUUGAAAAAUAUUUGGUUUUUUUAUGUGUAAGAACCGUAAUUAUAGGCAUUUUUGGUGUUUAAUUGCUGGA